AUGCCUCUAGGUGAGGCUAUCGGUAACCUCCUCAAGAAGAAGCGGACCAAAGAGGGCAACCAGGACUCUUCAACGCACAGCAACCCCGCGAGCCCUGUGACACCCACCACAGCCAAGAGCCUCGAGCACCCUACCCUGCCGCUUGCGCCUUCGCAACCAGUGGCUGCGUCAUCACAACCUGCUUCCACUGCCACCGCACACCCAGGGCCGGCCGAAGCGUCGGCCGAACCGCCAGUCACCAUGAACACCAACAACCCACACACACAGGGCUUCUCUGCUCCCCAGCAUACACCUUCACCAGGGACCGAGAACCAUCAAAACAUCCCACGCAUCUCGAAUCUCAUACACUACCCACAACAGCAUGAUGGACCGGCUGGUGGGUACCAACAGCAUAUGGGAGCUCCCGCUCCUCAGUACACCACACAUCCACCCAGCACAGGAAUGCCCGGGCAGCAGCAGUUGCCAUUGCCACAGCAACCUCAACAACAACAACAAUAUCCGCAGCAACAGCAGCAGCAUGGUAUGCUUCACCAACAACAGCCACACCAGCCACUGCCCCAGCAGCAACCACAACAACAAGUACAACAAGCGCAACAAAACACGGCAGAACAACCACGCGUCACCAAGGGAAAGUAUUCUUUGAACGACUUUGAUUUUAGGCGGACCCUGGGAACUGGCAGUUUCGGCCGAGUCCACCUGGUGCAGUCACGCCACAACCAACGGUUUUAUGCUGUCAAGGUGCUGAAGAAGCAGCAAGUGGUCAAGAUGAAGCAAAUCGAGCACACCAAUGACGAAAGAAAAAUGCUGGCCGAGGUCAAGCACCCGUUCUUGAUCACGCUUUGGGGUACUUUUCAAGAUUCAAAGAAUCUGUACAUGGUGAUGGACUUUGUGGAAGGAGGAGAGUUAUUUUCUCUGCUGAGAAAAUCAGGGGUAAGUUUUUGA